AUGAUCCUUCCUUUGCCACUAAUAGCCAUAGCCACGGCACCCGACCUGUGACUGUCUUCUAUCUCUCUGUUUCUCUGUGUUUUUCUUUGUUGUCAAUGGCGAGCAGAUACUGGGUGGUGUCUCUUCCGGUUCAGAACUCAGCCUCGACUCUCUGGAAUAGUUUACAAGACCAAAUCUCCAAACAUUCCUUCGACACUCCUCUUUACAGAUUCAAUAUACCCAAUCUCCGUGUUGGGACUCUCGACUCUCUCCUUGCUCUCAGCGAUGAUCUCUUGAAGUCAAAUAGCUUCAUUGAAGGAGUUUCUCACAAGAUCAGGAGGCAGAUCGAGGAACUGGAGAGGGUAUCUGGAAUGGAGAGCAAUGCUCUCACUGUCGAUGGAGUGCCCAUUGAUUCUUAUCUAACCAGGUUUGUUUGGGAUGAAGCGAAGUACCCGACAAUGUCGCCUUUGAGGGAAAUUGUUGAUGGUAUUCACACUCAAGUGGCAAAGAUUGAGGAUGAUCUCAAGGUUCGUGUUGCUGAGUACAACAAUGUGCGCGGGCAACUUAAUGCCAUAAAUAGAAAGCAAAGUGGAAGCUUGGCUGUUCGUGAUCUUUCUAAUCUGGUGAAGCCAGAAGAUAUCAUUACUUCGGAACACCUAGUGACUCUCCUUGCAAUUGUUCCCAAGUAUUCACAGAAGGAUUGGCUGUCAAGCUAUGAAACAUUGACUAGCUAUGUGGUCCCUAGGUCCUCCAAAAAGUUGUAUGAAGAUAAUGAAUAUGCUCUUUACACUGUCACAUUAUUUGGUCGUGUUGCAGACAAUUUCAGAACGAGUGCACGCGAAAGAGGCUUCCAAAUUCGUGAUUUUGAAUAUAGUCCAGAAGCACAAGAGAGUCGAAAGCAGGAACUAGAAAAAUUGAUACAAGACCAAGAUAGCUUGCGAAGCUCUCUUUUGCAAUGGUGCUAUGCUAGUUAUGGAGAGGUUUUCAGCUCCUGGAUGCACUUUUGUGCUGUACGUGUCUUUUCAGAGAGCAUUCUGAGAUAUGGUUUGCCGCCAUCUUUCCUGGCAUGUGUUUUAGCUCCAUCUGUGAAGGGUGAGAAGAAAGUGCGGUCCAUCCUUGAAGGAUUAUGUGAUAGUACAAACAGCACAUACUGGAAGACUGAAGAUGAAAGUGGAGCAAUGGCUGGUUUAGGAGGUGAUGCUGACGCCCACCCCUACGUCUCCUUUACAAUCAACAUUGCUUGAUGAAUGCCAAAGUCUCAAUUAGCUUUUGUCUGUUCUUGAUUCCAAGCAUAUUCAUCAGGACAACAAUAAUAAUAAGGACGAGUGUCGGAGAUGCUGUAUAUUAGGUUUAAUAGCUCGAUUCUUUUUGUUAUUUAUGACAUCCUCAGCUUAGGGAAGCUCCAUUUGAGGGUUUUGUGGAAUAUAGUGGAUGAACCUUUGUGGGGGAUGCUGUCUGAAACUAUUGUGUUCUAAAUUUAUGAGGCUUUGAUCCUUGGUUUUUAUUGUUAACGAGGAGUGAUAGAUUGUAUUGUGAUUGCUAUUUUUACAUAUAUAUCAUAAAAUGCAUCUUCUUGUU